AUGUCUGCUGCCACCUGUCUUCUAUCUGAAGAUCAGUUUCUGUGCUCCAUCUGUCUGGAUGUCUUCACUGAUCCAGUCUCCACACCAUGUGGGCACAACUUCUGCAAAAACUGCAUCAGUAAAAACUGGGAUAUCAGCUACAGGUGUCAGUGCCCCAUGUGUAAAAAGGUGUUCAGGAUGAGACCUGAGCUGCACAUCAACACUUUCAUCUCUGAGAUGGUUUCUCAGUUCAGACAUGAAGCUCAGCAGAAAGUCAGCAGCAGUAGCUCAGAGCAACAAGCUGCCAAACCAGGAGAAGUUCCCUGUGACAUCUGCACUGGAACCAAACUGAAGGCCCUGAAGUCCUGUCUGGUGUGUCUGGUCUCCUACUGUCAGACUCACCUGGAGCCUCAUCUGACAGCUUCACGGCUGAAAAGACAUCAGCUGAUUGAUCCUGAGGAGAACCUGGAAAGCAGGAUGUGUAUGAAGCAUGAUAAACCUCUGGAGCUGUUCUGUAAGAACGAUCAGACAUGUGUCUGUAUGCUCUGCUGUGUUUUUGACCACAAGACUCAUGAGUUUGUUCCUCUGAGAGAAGAAUAUGAAGGAAAGAAGGCAGAGCUGGGGAAGACUGAGGCUGAAAUUCAACAGAUGAUCCAGAAGACAUGGCUGAAGAUUCAGGGGAUCAAAGAGUCAGUGAAGAUGAGUAAAGAUGCUGCAGACAGAAAGAAAGCAGAAGGUGUUCAGGUCUUCACUGCUCUGAAGGAGUCUGUUGACAGACGUCUGAACGAGCUCAUAAAGGAGAUAGAAGACAAACAGGAAACAACAGAGAAACAGGCUGAAGGUUUCAUCAAAGAUCUGGAACAGGAAAUCUCUGAGCUGAUGAAGAGAAGCUCUGAGGUGGAGCAGCUCUCACGCUCUAAAGAUCACCUCCACCUCCUCCAAAGCUUCUCCUCUCUCAAAGCUGCUCUAACCACCAAAGACUGGAAAGAGGUCAGUAUCCAUCCACCAUCAUAUGAGGGGACUGUGGUGAGAGCUGUGGAUCAGCUGAAGGAAACACUCAAUGAAGAGUUUGAAGACUUGUUUGAGGCUGAGCUGAAGAGGGUCCAGCAGUAUGCAGUGGAUGUGAGUCUUGAUCCUGAUACAGCACAUCCUGAACUCGUUGUGUGUGACGAUGGAAAACAAGUACAACGUAGUGACAAUAGGAAGAAAUGUCCACACAACCCAAAGAGAUUUUCGAAGUUUGUUUGCGUUUUAGGAAAGCAGAGUUUCUCUUCAGGCAGAUUUUACUUUGAGGUUCAGAUUAAAUACAUGACCAAAUGGAUAUUAGGAGUGGUCAGAGAGUCAGUCAACAGGAAGGAAGCCAUCACACCGAGUCCUGAUGAAGGUUACUGGACUGUAGCGGAACAUAAAAACAUUUGUGUAGCUCUUGAUAAACCUCAAGUCUGUCUUUCUCUUCAGUCUGUUCCUGAGAAGGUGGGGGUGUUUGUGGAUUAUGAGGAGGGUCUGGUCUCCUUCCAUAAUGUAGAUCAUGCAACUCUUAUCUACUCCUUUACUGGCUGCUCCUUUAUGGAAAAACUCUGCCCACUCUUCUAUCCCGGUGUUAAUGAUGAUGGUAAAAACUCUGGACGUCUGAUCAUCUGUCCUGUGAUGGUGGGUGAUGGCAUCAGUGAUAAUGAUGAGGAUGAUGAUAACUGAUCAUCAGUCAGUCAGUCUGAUCUUUUUUCAUGAAGAGAUUGCAUCAAUUAAAGAUUAAUCGUAACAUUAAACCAACACAGAGAAGAAGUCCUAAGAACAGAACUGAGCAACUCAAACCUGCUGAUGAAAACCAUGAUAUUCAGUCAGAACCGGCAGGUCAAGUCAGCACGCUGAACUUUAAUUGAUUUGUUUGUUUUACUGUUUUCAACCUGAUAACAGUAUAACCCAUUUGUGUAAUUUCAGUUUGAAAAAGACCUUUCCUUAAUUUUCUUCCAGUGUUUUAAGGCACAGAUGUUGUGAA